CUGAGGGAAGGAGCUGUCAGGAAGGAGGACAAGCCCAUCCUGCAAGGAACUCGCUGGAGCCAGGCUAUCCUGCCUCUGAAAAACCAGACUGGAAUGGGAAAUAUGCCUGAGGGAACACCCGUGGAGUGAGCUGGCCAGGGAGGAGCUGGGGCUGGGGGUGUUGGUCCUGCCCGAUGGGAUGAAGAUGCUGGGGGAGGAGGGAGCUCUGCCCUGCUGGGAUUCCCUUGUGGUUCCUGUCCUGGAUCAUCCCCAACAUGCUGAUGGAAGCGAAGCAGCUGUGAUGUGUCCCCAUGGCUUUGUUGGACAUGGCAGUAAGAUGGAGCUGAGAACUCCUGCCAUCAGAGCAGUGCCAGCCCACAGGGCCUCUUGCUGCUUCAGAGAGAACCUGGGGAAGGACUGAAGCCCUGCUGCCACCUGCAAGGGAGGAAGGACAUCUGUGUGCCCAAGGCCACAGCCAGUGCCCUGCAGAGAUGGCGAGUGCAGAGCCUGGCGCUGAGGAUGCAGCUGAGGCUGAAGAGGCCGUGUACGAGGCGAUGCCCUGUGACAGGAUGGAGCUGAGCCAGCGGCUGGCCGUGGAGGAGCUCAUCAGCACCGAGGCCAGCUACGUGCACAACAUGCAGCUGUGCGUGUCCGACAUCCGGGCACACCUCCAGGAGAAGCAGCUGCCUGAGCUGGACCUGGAAGGACUCUUCUCUAACACCGACGACAUCCUCCAUGUCUCCAGACGGUUCCUGAAGGGGCUGGAGGCCACGCCUGGCCAGGGGCAGGAGCAACUGCUCUGCAUCAGCACGCUGUUCCAGGAGUUCAAGGAAGAGAUGGAGGCUGUCUACAAGAUCUACUGUGCCAGCUAUGACCACGCCCUGCAGCUGGUGGAGAGCUACCGCAGGGACCCCCGGCUGCAGGAGCAGAUCCUGGACACCCUCAAUGCCACCGUGCCUCACACGGGCGCGUCAGACCUCAGCUUCUUCCUGGUGAUGCCCGUGCAGAGGGUUACCAAGUACCCUCUGCUGCUGGGGAAGAUCCUGGAGAACACCCCGAGCGGUUCCAGUGCCCACUCAGCCCUGCAGGCAGCGGCUCGUGCCAUGGCCCAGGUCAAUGCCAACAUCAACGAGUACAAGCGGCGCCGGGAAGUGGCAACCAAAUACAACAAGGCCGAGCACCUGACGCUGCGGGACCGCCUGGCGCGCCUCAACACCCACUCCAUCGCCAAGAAAACCACGCGCCUCAGCCGGCUCCUCAUGCACGAGGCUGGCAUCGUGGCCAAGACUGAGGACAAGGAAUAUGACAACCUGGAAGAGAAGUUCCAGUGUGUGGCAUCCAGUGUGGCCACGCUGAAGGAGAACAUGGCAUCCUACCUGGGCCACUUAGAGGCGUUCCUGCUGCCCACCCCGCACCAGUGUGACCUGCAGAUGGAGCAGGGACCUGCCCAGCAGCAUCGCCACCUCUCCCAGCUCCUCCAGAGCACCGUUUUCCCCGAGUUUAAGCAGCGUGUGGACAGGCUGGUGUGGCAGCCCCUCUGCAGCCUCUCAGACAUGCUGGAGGGGCCCCAGCAGCUGGUCAAGAAGCGCCUGGACAAGCUGCUGGACUACGAGGAGAUCCAGGAGAGGAAGAGCGAGACGGGCAGCGUGAGCUACGAUGAGGAGGCAGCCAUGAACACCUACCUGGCCAUCAAUGACCUGCUGGUGGCCGAGCUCCCCCGGUUCAACCAGGUGGCUGUGCAGCUCCUGGGGCAGAUCCUGCGCUCCUUCAGCGCCCUGCAGCUGGACUUGGCUGCCCAGGUCCUGCACCAUGCAGAAAAGGAGCUGGAGCAGCUGCCCCAUGGGCACAUGCCCCUGCCCAGCUUCUGGAAGGUGGUGGAGGACAGCCUGCAGCAGUCGGGGGCACAGCUCCGUGCCUUCUGCCAGGCCUUUGACACCGUGGCACCCAGCCCUGGCACACAGCCUCUGACCCCUGCUGAGGAGAGGAAGGUCCUUUCCCUUGUGAGCAAGCACGGCCCAGACAAGCUUUACCAAGUGACCAGCAACAUCAGUGGCAGCAGGGACUUGGACCUGACCUUGCUGAGGGGACAGAUCGUGGCUCUGCUGCAGAGCGCCGACACCAAGGGGAACACGAGCAGGUGGCUGGUGGAUGCUGGAGGUCCCCGAGGGUUUGUUCCUGCUGCAAAACUCCGGCCCUACAGCCCUGUGCAAGUGCAGCAGCCUGUGAUGCAGCUGCUGGGCCUGGACAGUGGCACAGAGACAAGGAGACAUUCCUACGCGUCCCCUGAAGUUCCCAGGCCACAGGUGGCCACCUUCACCCCAACAUUCCAGGUGGUGGCCGGCUUCUCCUUCGCAGCGCGGAGCCCGCAGGAGCUGAGCCUGCAGGCAGGGCAGCCCGUGCUGCUGCUGGAGCCCCACGACAAGAAGGGCAGCACGGAGUGGAGCCUGGUGGAGGUGAACGGCCAGAGGGGCUACGUGCCCUCCAGCUACCUGGUGACCGUCCCCGUGCAGGACCCCGCGGGCUGGAGCCUGCCCGUGUGAGCGUGCCAGCCCCAGCAAGGGCAAGGAUGGGAGCAGCCAGCUUGGCACCUGAGGAAUCCUCACAGGAGAUGCUGGAGGGAGGCAGCCCCCGGCUGGGAAGGUGGUGGGAGGCACCUGGGGGACGUGGCCCAGGGACGUGGGCACGAGGAUGGCACUUGGGAGGCACCUUUUGGUGGGAGGUGUGAGGGUGCCAGGUCCUGUGUGUGUGUUGGCACAAAGCAAAGCAGCACCCGGGAGUGAGGGCAGGUGGCUGCAGUGACCCGGGGAUUUGCUGAAAUCCCUGCAAGUGACAAAUGUGUCUGGGGAGAUGAGGCAGCGUGUCCCUGGUUAGAGCAGGAGUGAGCAGCAGAGGAGCAGAGGGGUCCUCAGCCAGGCUGGGGGCACUGGGACACCUGGGCACAGCACCUGGGCACUGGGGCACUUGGACACUGGCAGAUGGGCACUGGGCACCUGAGAAUUUGGCUAGCUGGGCACCACAGUACCUAAGAAACUGGGCACCUGAGUACCUGAGAAUUUGGCUCCCUGGGCACCUAAGAAUUUGGCUACCUGGGCACCUCAGUACCUGAGAAACUGGGUAGCAGGACACCUAAGAAUUUGGCUCCCUGGGCACCUCGGCACCUGAGAAUUUGUCUCGAGACGUGGGCACCGAGUGCCCGAGCCCCUGGCAGCGCUGGCUGCGGCCGCCAGAGGGAGCCCCGCGCCAGCUCCCGGUGCCCGCCGGGCCCGCGCUGGGAGCGCCGGUGCGGGAGCGCGCGGGCACCGCCCGGCUCCGCUCCGCGCUGCGGGACCGACAUCGCCCCUCCCGGGACCCCCGGGGCCCCCGUCCCCCUGCGUCCCGGGCGGGUUGGCACAGGUCCCAUGGAAGAGGUUUUUGGGACAAUCACUCCGUGUUGGUCCUGAGCCAAGGCUCGCUUUGAGAACGGAGACAGCCCCCUCGCACCAUUCCCGGGGUAUCCGUGCCUCAGUUUCCCCGUGGGUGCGCUGUUAGGAGAUGCUGAGGUGCUGAGGUGGGCAGCCGUGCCGUGGUGCCAGAGGGGACUUAGGAGCGCCCCGGGACUGGCACCACACGCUGCCCAUCCCUCACCGAGGCCAGCGGAGCACCCGGCUGGCGUCGCCGCGGCUGCCCUGGGCUCCUGGCGCUGCCCGCAUCAAAGGUGCCCGUGCCGGCUGGCGAGCGCUGGCACGCCGGGCCCUGCGCCCUGCCCUGCCGUGCCGUGCCGUGCCCGGGGGCAGCAGACUGGGCGGCCACCCACGGGCUCCCCACGGGCUCCCCAGUGCGGGCUGGGCAGCGGGGCAGGGCUGGCACGUCCUCAGCCAACCCUGAGCAGGUGCCAGGCGGGUGGGGACAGCCCCAGGCACUGCCCCGUGUGGGGCUGGGGUCCGGUGUGAGGGGCUCACCCUCCUUUCACCUGUAUACCUGUGGGGUGGCUGGGGGGCAGCCACCUCUGCCCAGGUGCCAUUGAAAUGCCCGAGGAAAUGCUCAGCUACACCAAACCUGGGAGGGGACAGCGGUGCCAGAGCUGGGGACGUGUCCUGGGGAUGCUCCCAGCCUGGGGAAAGGCUGGUGGGCUCCUCAGCAAGGGAAAAUGAGCAGGCUGGGGGACGCGGGUCAUUGAGCAGGGACUGUGUGUCUGUGCUUGCCCACCCAGCCCAGGCCCUGCAGCCACAGGGCUCACCCCUCCAGCUCCCUGCAGGUGGCUCCUCUGGAUUUUUCCAUCCCAUCAGGUCGGCUUUCCCUCCCGAGUCACCUUCCUGCCAGCUCGGUGGGGUGCACAAGCAGUCAGCCCCGUGCCAGCCAUGGCAGCAGUCGGGCAGGUCCUGCUCCACAGCCCUCGGGUGCCUGAGACCCUUUUGGAGGCUGAAAGGUGACGGUGGCACACAGAGUGCUGAGCCAGCUGCUGCCUGGCCCUGAUCUUCCCACUGGAAGGAGAUCUGGGAUGGUCAGGGCUUGGCUGGGCAUCCAGCAGGAAGAGGGCAAUGAGUUCAUGUGGCUCCUCCAGCCUGUGGGUGCCAAGGGCUGAGCUGGGCUCUGCAGUUCCCCGCAGCCCUGCUGCCAGCCUCGAUGGCCAGGGGACCUUUCCCAGGGGUCUGUCCCCAGGACACGGCCUGGUACUUGGCUGCAGGACGUGGGUGCCUGCAUCCCUCCCUUCUCCCUGAAUUCACCCAAACUCACGGCGCUGCUGCUGCCCUGAGCCUGGAAGUGCCCUCUUGGAGUCACGGGAGGGCACGGGGCUCUUCCAGCCCAAACAUGAGGGGGGAUAAAGGGCACAAGUGUGCCUUUAAAUAGCCUGUCAAGGACAGGCUCUCCCGGGAGGAAUGCUCUGGCUGGCCCGGUGGAACAUGCCUGCGGCCGGGGGCACGGGGGGACAGCUGGGCAGGGCCGGCUGCUCGCCAGGAGCCCGGGUCAAGGUUAGGCACGGCCCUGGCCCGCUGCCACCGUGCCAUGGCUUGGCACGGGGAAACAGAGCCGUGCAAACAGGGAAAUGUAUGCCAGGCCAGGGGUUUGCCGUGCCCGGGGCUGAUCGGGAGGUGGCAGUGGAGCCAGGCUGCCCGCGACCUGCCCGCCAGCCCGGCCGCAAUUUGGCAGCGGCGCUGCCUGGCUGCAGGAGCAGCUCCGGGGCAGCUCCGCCUGUCCCAGAGCGGCUGCUGCGCUCCUGUCCGGGCUGAUUCAUAUCCUGGACGUGCAGGCAUUUGGAUAUUGUCCACCCGCGGGGUGUGACAGUGUGUGGCUGUGUCCCCAGGGCGCGGGUGCCAGCCCGGCCACGUGCCGGGAGCAGCUCUGUGAGCCUGCUGCUCCCUGGUGACACAUCCCAGGUGAGAUCCCGGGAUACCAGGAGGAUGGCUGAGUGCCCAGGUGUCCAUGUGCCCAUCGGCUCUGCUGGGGCACCCCGGGGGCAGGGAGGUGUGAGAAAAAGCAACUGCCACAAGCCCCAAGCCCAGGCUCCCAAUCCCAGAGCCAUCCCCUCACCACGGGGUGCUGAAAGGGCAAAAAGAGCCAGGAGGAGCAGGAUGGCUGCCCUGGGCUGAAGGGCACGGAGUUGCCCACGCUGCCAGGCUGAGCUGGCUCCCAGCAGAGGCAGCCUGCGCUGCAAUGUUCCCUGCCACCUGCCCAUGGUGGCCCACGAGGAGCAGCCCGAGCCCCGGCCACCCUCGCUGGCCCCUCACAUGCCCACCGGGAGCAGCGUGGCCCGAGGAAGGGCUGAGCCCACGGAGAGCGAGCCCGGGGCUGCGGAGCAGGAGAGGAGCCGUGAACAGCAGCGCUCGCUCCAGGCUGGUGCAGCUGGCACCUGAAUUGUCUAAUAAAGUGUGAAAUUGCUUUCAUGCUCUGCUA